UUUCUGUUGCCGCCGCCGCUGCCGCUGCCGCUGCUGCCGCGGUUGCUGGGGGUGGGUGAGAGGAGGAGCUGUCGCGGGUGGUGUAGUCUGUGUUGCUGUUUUUGCCUGAGGAGUCUACGUUCCCACCUCGCGCCCUGACUGCCGUAGUUUUGAGGGGGAGUCCCUGCGGACACCUCGGCGCGCAGUGGAGAUGCCUCUCUUUGCCACCAAUCCCUUCGAUCAGGAUGUUGAGAAAGCAACCAGUGAGAUGAAUACAGCCGAGGACUGGGGCCUCAUUUUGGAUAUUUGUGAUAAAGUUGGUCAGUCUCGCACUGGACCUAAAGAUUGUCUUCGGUCUGUUAUGAGGAGAGUGAACCAUAAAGAUCCUCAUGUUGCUAUGCAAGCGUUGACUCUUCUAGGAGCAUGUGUAUCAAACUGUGGCAAAAUUUUUCAUUUAGAAGUAUGUUCAAGAGAUUUUGCUAGUGAAGUAAGCAACGUAUUAAAUAAGGGUCAUCCUAAAGUAUGUGAAAAACUAAAGGCUCUUAUGGUUGAAUGGACAGAUGAAUUUAAAAAUGAUCCACAGCUUAGUUUGAUAUCAGCUAUGAUUAAGAAUUUGAAAGAACAAGGAGUUACGUUCCCAGCUAUUGGCUCUCAGGCUGCAGAACAAGCAAAAGCAAGCCCAGCUCUAGUAGCCAAGGAUCCUGGGACUGUGGCUAACAAAAAAGAAGAAGAAGAUUUAGCAAAAGCCAUUGAGCUGUCGCUGAAGGAACAAAGGCAACAGUCAACCACGCUUUCCACUUUGUAUCCAAGCACGUCCAAUCUCUUAACUAACCACCAACAUGAAGGCCGGAAAGUUCGUGCUAUAUAUGACUUUGAAGCUGCUGAAGAUAAUGAGCUUACUUUUAAAGCAGGAGAAAUUAUUACAGUUCUCGAUGACAGUGAUCCCAACUGGUGGAAAGGUGAAACCCACCAAGGUAUAGGAUUGUUUCCCUCUAAUUUUGUGACUGCAGAUCUUACUGCCGAACCAGAAAUGAUUAAAACAGAGAAGAAGACGGUACAAUUUAGUGAUGAUGUUCAGGUAGAGACAAUAGAACCAGAGCCGGAACCAGCCUUUAUUGAUGAAGAUAAAAUGGACCAGUUGCUCCAGAUGUUGCAAAGUACAGAUCCCAGCGAUGAUCAGCCGGACCUGCCAGAGCUACUUCAUCUUGAAGCCAUGUGUCAUCAGAUGGGACCUCUAAUUGACGAAAAGCUGGAAGAUAUUGAUAGAAAGCAUUCAGAACUCUCAGAACUUAAUGUUAAAGUGAUGGAGGCACUUUCAUUGUAUACCAAAUUGAUGAAUGAAGAUCCAAUGUACUCCAUGUAUGCAAAAUUACAAAAUCAGCAGUAUUAUAUGCAGUCAUCUGGAGUUUCUGGUUCUCAGGUUUAUCCAGGGCCUCCUCAGAGUGGUGCUUACCUGGUUGCAGGAAAUGCACAAAUGAGCCAUCUCCAGAGCUACAGUCUUCCCCCGGAGCACCUGUCUUCUUCUCUCAGCCAAGGAACCGUUCCACCCUCCACAAACCCGGCCCUUCCUAGCCAGCAAACCCAGGCUUCUUACCCAAACACAAUGGUCAGUUCUGUUCAAGGAAAUACAUAUCCCAGCCAGGCUUCGGUCUACAGUCCUCCUGCUGCUGGUGCCGCUGCAACUGCUGAUGUCACCAUGUAUCAGAAUGCAGGAACUAAUAUGUCCCCGGUGCCAAACUAUACUUUAACAUCAUCACCCCUGCCCCAGCCCGGAGGCAGUCAGCAGCCACCUCAGCCACAGCAGCCGUAUUCUCAGAAGGCCCUACUAUAGGACCCGGGACUCCUUCACGUGGCAGAUUUCUGCUGAACGCCGCUGACGAUGUCAUGAAAUUCGUUAACUAUCCUAAGAUUUGUUUAUCCUCAGCUUAUAGGAAACCGUAUUGGUCAACAAGCUCAAAUACUCAAGAAGGUAGAACUCUCUUCAAUUUGCACUGACUUUUUAGAGGUUCUCCCCUCCCCGCUCCCAGAGGAAUGAAACUAUAUACAUUUCCUUUCAUAAUAUGAAAGAAUCAAUACAGGAUCAUUUGUCUCGUAAAAUUUCCUGGUCUGCAAAAAGCAAAGCUUAACAAAAACUGUUGUGGCGACCGUUAUGUACAUAUAUUGGUAUGUAACUUCAUUAGUGGCCAUUUCGAAUCACAAUGGUGACCAUGUGAAUAUAUUUAACACUGUGUUAAAUUAAUUUACCUUGCUAUUUUAUUUUAAUCAUGAACAACUACCAUGUUUUGUAAUGUUUUGUGUAAAUUAAAGGUAAUUACACUGUCCUUUUAAACUGCAAGAGAGGUCUACAAAGUUGUAGCAUAUUUACAUGAAGGCAUUAUGUUGUUCCUGUUUCAGUUUCAUAUUAAACUGAAUCUCCCUUUGACUAAUUGUGACCUAAACAUAUAUAUGUAUAUAUAUGAUGUCUUGGAGUAGCCUCUGCAUACUACUAGCUGUCAUCACACCAGCGUACAGUAGCUAAAUUUUUGGUGCAGUUAUAGCAAAUGAUAAUGUUCCCUUUUAAACUUUUACAUCUUGGCAUGAUAUUUCAGAAUAUUGUGGGACCAUGAGACAAAAUUAAGUAGGAUCGCGUCCUUUAUAUCUUAUUUUUAAAGAAAUAAUGUUGAUUUACUUUUUCCUAGUUGAAGAUAGUAAUUAAGUUUCUAAGCUGUAUACUGUGUUUAUUGGUGGCAGUGACACCAAAGAUAGAGGCAAUGUAUAGAAAUUUUUAAACUGGAAAGAAAACAUGAAUUACACUACAUUUUCCAAGUCUCUUGUAAUUAUUUAGAAUAUAAACAAAAUUUGAUUCACCUGUCUUCUCCCCCAGUCUUUUAAAUAUGUCUUUAACAAACUGUAUCCUUUAAUUCUUCAUUAAAAUGGACAUAAGUAGAUGUUUAAAA